AUGGGAAACAAAUACUACAAGCCCGAGGAGACAAUCUUCCACGAUGAUGGGCGAGAGGAAGGGCUUCUCGCAUUCAUCCAGUCUCAUCCCGAAUACAACCAGAUGCGUGGAAACCCAAAACUCAUUCUCGCUGCCAUUGAUGAGUACGGUCAGACCAGAGACUUUUUGAUGAACGUUGGGCAUGAAAAAGGCAAGAUCGUGGCCGAAGAUUUGAUUCCCAGCCUUGAGCCUGAUCUGAUGGUUGAGCUGGGUGGGUAUGUGGGGUACUCUGCCCUUCUAUUCGGGAACGCCGUCAAGCGUUCUGGUGGAAGGAAGUACCUCAGUCUUGAGAGAAGCCCAAAGUUUGCUGGUAUAGCCAGGGUGCUGAUUGAACUCGCGGAGCUAGAUGAUGUAGUGGAGAUUGUUGUGGGCCCCUGCCGGGACUCGCUUCGAAAGCUUCGCGAGAAUCACUCGACCGGCCACGUGGACGUCUUCUUUAUUGAUCAUGCCAAGUUACACUAUGUCAAUGAUGUGAAACUCUGCGAGGAGCUCAAACUUAUUGGGCCCGGUACAACUAUCAUUGCCGACAACGUGAUUUCCCCGGGAGUUCCAGACUAUCGGGAUUAUGUCCAGAUAUCAGUCGCUCAGAAGAUUGAAGCAAUGCGUGAAGAACAGCAACGCCUCUUGGGUGAGGUUGGCCCGGACAAGUCUCUGGGAAAUCCACAGCUGGUUUAUGAGACUCGACUUAUCGACAGCUUUGAACCGACAGGAGAGCCAGACAGCUUGGAGGUGACUCGCUGUGUGAAGGUCGAGGGAAACUGA